AUGAGUGAUGACUCAGAUUGGUUAGCUGGAUCUGAUGAUGAAGCUACUAAUUCUAUUAAACCAAGAAGUGAAAGCUAUGACAUAAAAAAACUGGAAAGUACCCAUAGAAAGAGGGGAUAUAGAGAUGGCAUCUCGUCAGCUAAAGAAGAAAACCUACAACAUGGAUUUGAUAUAAAGUUUCCUCAAGGUUCAUCGCUGGGAUUCAAGGUUGGUGAAAUAUUAGGUUCACUUCAUUUGUUAAGUAGUUUUUUUACUGAUGAUAAGGAAUUGCGACAUGACUUUGAACAGGCGAAAGUUGACCUUCAUAUAUCUAAUAUAUUAAGUGAAGCCAACUUCAAUAAUGAAAUGGAACUGAAGUCUGAAACCCCCCCAAGUAUUGAGAAAUGGAAUUCAAUAUUGGCAAAGUAUAAUUUGAAAUAUCUCAACUGA